AUGGCGUGGCACUAGCAGUAAAAAGGUGCGGUGUCAAAACCGCGAAUCUAAAGUGCCACCCAUAUAAAAGCUAUUGAUUACUCAUAAACGGUCGUCAGUCGACAGUUUAGAGCACCAAGAGCUAGCAUCCAAUAUAACAUUAGUGUUGACGAGCGCGUUGAGUUCAAUAUAUGAAUUUAAAUUCUGUAAAACAUCCGGAAGUGGCCAAUGCAACCCGAACCGUGACCAUAAUUUGGGAUUUGGUCAUAUAAAUUGUUCUGCCGAUUUUCAAAACGUCCACAGAGGAUCGAGUGUUUAGGCAAAUAUUCAGUGUUUAUAAGUGCAGUGAAUUUAGUGAUCUAGAACUAUUGCUUAUCAGCAACAAAACCAAUUUGAAUCGUUACGGUCGCUGCCAGAAUAACAGUGAGCACAUUUCGGUAAACCGCAACACGCUGCAACGCGCUGAAGGCUGAAGUAUGAAUGUCUACCCGAUGACCUUGUUGCUGCUGGUGGUGGCAUCAGUUUACGCUUGUUCCGGAGCUGAAAUUGCGCUGCCAUCGGUUCACGAGAACGGCGAUGAAGCACUCUCAUACUUGGGUGUUACGGUGUACAAAGUAGAAGAUGUCUGCGCCAGGCAGGGUGGACUGUGCGUGCAUAAAUCGGAUUGCCAGUCGCCCACAACGAAGAAAGGUCUAUGUCCGGAAAACGCCCACAGGGGCGUUGAGUGCUGUUACGAAGUCAUCCCACCGAAAGGUGGACAAUCAUGUUCCGAUUUCUUGGGCGCCUGUAUGAACUCUUGCAAUGCUCUUGGACUGAGGCGACCUGCGACGGAUUGUGCAGAAGACGAGUAUUGUUGUGUAUUGACCUAAUUACAUAUUUAUGACCAAGCGAGGUGAAAUUGGUAUGCACAAAAAAAAUGGUUGCAGUACUUUUCGUUACCAUCAUAGGAAUGUAGAAUAUAAGAUAAGAUAAUAAAAAUAAUUUUAACAUUUUGUUGAUUUCCAUUUUUGUGUGCUCUAGAAUAGCAACAAUCGUGUUCCCUGAAUGGGAUCUAUGAAUACAAAAUUACAGACAAAGAUGUAAUGGCAUUGUAAUUAUUGUUAGUAACUAUAUGUUGUUGAUAAUAUUGAUGUAAUUGCAGUAGCUCUUUUUUGCGCGGUGAAUUCAUAACACGUUAUGUUUCGUUUCGUGUGACUAUGAAUACUUGUCUCUCAACCAUGUUAUUUUACCUUUGCGUAUAAUUACGUUCAUUGAAAUAUCAUGUCGUGAUACAAUUUUCAAACUUUUUGAAGCUGCAUAAAAUAACUGUUACAAAAUUUAUAAAAAAGUAAAAAAGUAAGUCAACUUAGCUCAAAAAAUGACAAAAGUUAACUUAAAAUCUUAGCAAAUUAUAAUAAUAUUUUGUGUAGUAUAUUUCGGAUUUAUUUUUCAGUGUUUUUUGGAAAAAGUAAUUGAUGACAAACCGUUCGUGUAAAAAAGAGUUGACUCUACCAUUGUUGGUGUUAGCUUUGUAAUGUAUAUAUAUUGAUUGUUGUGUUUGAAUUAUUCAAUAAAAUAAGAAUAAAAUGAACGAAA